GAGGCCGUGGCCUAGGGCUCUUAAGCUGGGCCAGGGCCAAGGCAGGCCAGGGUCCUGGAUGUCACAGGCCAGCAUCCUUUGGACCCUCGAGGCCUGUGCUCAGGGCCCUGGGACAACUGCCCCCUCCAGACAACCUGGUGGGCGCCUUCUCCACCCAGGGCAUGGACACCCGUGAUCAUGUCCCUCCAGCCAAAGUUCUGGCUCCAGUGGCUGUGUACUGCGGGAGUGUCCCUCGGCCUAGUGUUGGGCUCCGAGUGCCCCCGCCUGGAAGCAUCGACUCAAAUCUUCUCACUUAUGGUGAAGCCUCUCUGCAGUCAGUGUCAAGUGUCCUGCUAAGCAGCGAGAAGCUGUCACAACUCUCAAGUAGACACGAGGACCAGGGUAGCCUCACGCUGGAUGCUCCUUUGAAAGGCUUGCAGGCCCAGAAUGGCUACCCCAGGGUCUUCAGAGCUGUGCCCUUGGGCCCCCACCCUGUGGCAGCUAUCCCUUCCCUGGAAUCAGAGGCCAGCACUGUGGCCCGGGACACCAUCCAGAUUAAGGACAAGCUCAAGAAGAGGCGUCUCUCAGAGGGCAUGGCGGCGUCUUUUCAAGUCUCUCAGGAUCCUAGGGGAGGCCCCAGAGGGGCUCCCCUGAGGAGCACCAUUCCCCGAAGCACCUCGCAGAGGCUCCUGAGGGUGCCCAGGCCAAUGCCUCCCAUCCAGAGCAUCCCCACCACCCCUGAGGCCAACAAUGCCACGGAGAAGGACCUGGACCCUCCCGGGGGCAGACAGGAUCUCCGGGCUUCGGGGGCCAGUGCCCAGGAGGUGCAGAUUUCCCGGCAAUACCUGCAUUGCAACGACGAGAAGAUGCACAAGUCUUUAGGAGGCCUCGUGAUCCCGCCCAUUCCGAAGGCCCGGAUGUCCACAGGGACCUCUUCCUGCAGGCCUGGCUCCCUGCCCAACCCCUUGGGUCCAGGCCAGGAUGUGCUUACAAGACCCAGGGCCCCACAGACACGAUUGACUUGUGAGAAUGGGCCUCUGGAAAAGACCCCUAAAUCUCUGGAGCCAAAGCCUUUGGUCCCAGCUGUCAAAGCCAAGACUGUUGAAGCCCCCACAAGGCCCCUGGCUUCCUCACAGUCUGCCUCUACUCUGACAGCAUUCUCUUCCGGCCAUGCCAAAGAAACCUGCUCUCUGGUGAACGAGGAAGACCAGAGGGAGUCCGGCGCCAAGGUCCAAGUCACCAUUUCCAAGUCUGCCCAGGAAAAGAUGCGACAGAAGCAGAUGAAAGAAAUGGAGCUGCUUCGAAGGGCAAAGGAGCCAGAGAGGGAGCAAGAACCAGCUUCCCAGGGCCCCAGCACGUGGAGAACCUCAGCAAAGGAAGGCCUCCUUCCUUUGCGGGGCAGUGGGACGCUGUCGGUGCCCACUGGGCUGAGCAGUCCACGCAGAAACAACAUUGGAGUCCUCCUGAGAAAGCGGGCCACCCGAGCCUCCCUGCCCAGCAUCCCUGUCAGCAAGCAGGAGCCUAGCUUUGCCCGCCAUGCCUCAGCUAAUUCAUUACCCGCUGUGCUUACCUUGGGCUCUCCUGAAUGGGAGGAAGAGGAGGAGAUGGAUCUUUGUGCCUUCAGGGAGUUGAGGCCCUUCUCGAACCCAGAGCUGGGGCUGACAGAUGCCCUCCAGUGCCUCAACAGCAAUGACUGGCAAAUGAAGGAGAAGGGCUUGGCGAGCAUCCAGCGCCUGGCAGCUUGUCACUCGGAGGUCCUCGGUCCACGGCUGCAUGAUGUGUCCUUGGCAGUGACUGCGGAGGUCACUAACCUCCGCUCCAAGGUAUCUCGCCUGGCCAUCAGCACCCUGGGAGACCUCUUCCGAGCUUUGAAGAAGAGCAUGGACCAGGAGGCCGAGGAGAUUGCUCGCUGCCUUCUGCAGAAGAUGGGGAACACUAGCGAGUUCAUCCAGCGGGCAGCCAACCAGGCUCUGGGUGCCAUGGUGGAAAACGUGACCCCUGCCCGCGCACUGGUGGCGCUUACGUCUGCGGGUGUCUACCACCGGAACCCCUUAGUCCGGAAAUGUACUGCCAAGCACCUCUCAGCGGUCCUGGAGCAGAUCGGCGCAGAGAAGCUUCUCUCAGGCUCCAGAGACAACACAGACAUGCUGGUACACAACCUAGUGAGGUUGGCCCAGGACUCUAACCAAGACACCAGGUUUUAUGGCCGGAAGAUGGUGAACAUCUUGAUGACAAAUGCAAAGUUUGAUGCAUUUCUGAAGCAAUCCCUCCCAUCUCAUGACUUACGGAAAGUCAUGGCAGCCAUCAAACAACGGGGAAUACAAGACAAUCAUGAAGUCCCAUCUGCCAAAGGCCGCAAGGUGUUGAAGAGCCUGGUGGUGCGUGAGAACAGGCUGCCGAGUCAGGAGGGGCUUGGCUCCAAUGGCCCACGGCCGAUGGGCCUACUACGCUCCUCCAUGCGGGGUGGCGUGGAGAUGGCAGAGCAGCUCCGGGAGCUGAUCCGACUGUUGGAGGCCAAGGAGUUCCAGGCUCGGAUGGAUGGUGUUGGGAAGCUCCUUGAAUACUGCAAGACCAAGCCAGAGCUCAUUGCUGCCAACCUAGUCCAGGUAUUUGAUGCCUUUACCCCAAGGCUUCAGGAUUCCAACAAGAAAGUGAACCAGUGGGCACUGGAAUCCCUCGCACAGAUGCUUCCUGCCCUAAAAGAGAGCAUACACCCCAUGCUGCUCUCCCUCAUCAUCGCAACUGCAGACAACCUUAACUCUAAGAACACUGGGAUUUCCACUGCUGCCUCUGCUGUGCUGGAUGCCAUGAUGGACAGCCUGGACCACCUUUGCCUCCUGCAAGCCUUUGCUGGGCGUGUGCGUUUCCUGAGUGGUCCUGCGGUGCUGGAUGUCACAGAUCGCCUCUCACUGCUGGUGGUGUCAGUGUACCCCCGAAAGCCUCAGGCUGUGGAGCGGCACAUCCUUCCAGUCCUCUGGUACUUCCUGAACAGAAUGAUUGGCAAUGGCGUGCUUCCCGGGCGUGGCGGGAGCGUCCGCACAGUGGUGUGCAGGCUGGCCAGGAGCCUCCAGGAGCAAAUGGGGUCCCGCCUGCAGGACUUUGCAGCUAAUCAACCCCAGCAAGUCCUCAAGACACUCCAGGGACUUUUAGACUCCGAGUCUCUGGGGGACAAUGACAAGGUCAAUGCGGGAGGAACAUCCCCUGACAGCAAGAUGGCUGGAACCACCUGCCCCCAGCAGCCGGAUUAAAGAUGGGUCUGAAAUGGGCAAUUAUUAUUUUUUACCUUAUUUUAUUUUUAUGCUGUAGUCACCUCAUGGCUACUUUUCCUCAUAGGGUCCCCAAUGUAUAUAGUAUAUUUUGAAGUAGAAAUAAAAGA